ACUCUACAUAAGUCUACAUUUUGUUAGUCUCUUUAGUUAUCGAAUUUUGUCACGAUAAAACGUGUUAGUUUAUCAAAAUGCAGGUACCGCCAAUUUUCAUGGAAUUGCCGUUAGAUGACCAGGCGCAAGAACUCAGAGUAUAUUUUAAGAGUCUUGGUGCAGAAAUUAGCGAAGAAAAAUCUCCUAAAGGUAUAGAAGAUGAUUUGCACAAGAUUAUUGGAGUGUGCGAGGCAUGUUUCAAAGAAGGAAAUGAAAAUGAGAUAGAAACUGUAUUGAAUGAUAUUGUUUCUAUCAUGAUUCUGAUACCUACAGAACGUGCUGAAAAUUUAAUUUUGGCGUUCUGCGAGAAACUGGUAAAAGCACCUGGAUACAAGCUUGGAUUGGUUUGCUUAAAAGCCUUAUGGCUCUUAUUCCAAUCUCUUGCUGAUGAUUCACCAAUGAGAUACCAUGUUUAUUAUCAUUUGGUACAAAUAGCCCGCAAUGUUGAUCAAGUAAAAGCCGUGUAUAGUGGAAUUGAUCAAUUGAAGCAACAAUUUGCUUCAUUUCCUCCAUCAAAUGAACAAAUGCAAAAAUUAUUGCGUUUGUUGCAUGAAGUUCUUUUAAGCUGCAAACAAGGAGAGCAAGCAGCAGCUGUCAUGGUAGAAUUGCUCGGAACUUAUACAGCAGAGAACGCUUCAGCGGCUAGAGAAGAUGCACAGCGUUGUAUAUUAGCUGCGUUAGCGGAUCCAAAUACAUUUUUAUUAGAUCCGCUUUUGGCUUUGAAACCUGUAAGAUUUUUAGAAGGCGAACUGAUACACGAUUUACUUCUUGUAUUUGUACAAGAUAAAUUGCCAGCAUAUUUACAUUUCUAUCAACAUCACAGAGAAUUUGUCGAGCAUCAACUUGGAUUAAAUCAUGAACAAAACAUGAAGAAGAUGAGGUUACUGACCUUUAUGCAACUUGCAGAAACAAAUCCAGAAAUGUCUUUUGAUACGAUACAAGAGGAAUUGCAGAUCGAUGAAUCUGAAGUAGAAAGCUUCAUAAUUGAUGUUUUAAAAACCAAACUUGUGAGAGCGCGCAUGGAUCAGGCUGGCCAUAAAGUAUUAAUUUCGAGCACAAUGCAUAGAACGUUUGGUCGACCGCAAUGGAUGCAGCUGCGAGAUUUACUCGUAUCAUGGAAAGCUAAUCUUUCAGCUGUACAAGAUGGCAUGAAGACCGUAGCCACUGCGCAAGUAGAACUUGCAACAAAGAAUAAAGCUACCCUUGCCCACUGAUAGCACCGAAAAAUUCUCUAAAUUCUCUCUAUACAUACAUGAUCAUUUAUCAAGAAUACUGAGAAGUGAAAGUUAAAAGUUAAUUUUUUUUCCAGAAUACAACACAAAUUUGUCGAGUCUAUAAAAGCAAUGCAGCUAAAAAUUAAUGAUAACUUGUACCACAAUAUCACAUUUGUGCAACAAAACUGUUAAAUAGAAAAUUUUUGCAUAAUUUUGAACAUACAUUUACAUAUUUAAUAUUCAAAAACUAAAUUCGUUAAUCACCUCAUCUUUUUGUAUCAAAUUAUUUCCAAAUAAAAUAAAUGUGAUUUAAAUCUGUUUCAAUAUGUAGAGUAUAUUAAAACUUAGUUCAAGAUGAUUGAAUUUUCUAAUUUCACGCGUUUAUAUCAUAUUAUUAUAUAUAAUAUAAUAAUAUCAAAUUGGCUUGAUUUCACAAAGGGUAUAGAAAUCAAUGCAAUACUGCAAACUCGAUAUUGAAAACAAUGUUGAGAAAUACAUUUUUGAUUCUACAAAACUAUAAUAAUGUCCUUACAGAUGUCUUAUGAUAAGUAAACUUGAAUCAAUAAUAUAUGUUUGAACA